AUGGACAGGCCUGCCUCCGACUACGCGCAGCCAGGUUUGAGCCCUCAAUAUCCAAGUCUCCCGGAGGCACAGUCUGAACAGUCAACCGCAGAUCAGGCAACUGCUUCUGCUGCCGUCGCAUCCCCUACCCAGACCGAAGCUCGUCGAACACCUCAGUCCCAGUACUCAGCGCCUCCAGAACCUCGAUCGGGCGGUAUCUCGGCCUCGAAUACCCCCCAACCAGACUACAACUUGCAUCAGAACUCUUCCCAUCCACCACCGCCUCCGGCCGCCGCGCGCCCGUCUCCGUACCCUGAAUACCUGACGCGCCAGCCUCAGUACCACCACGCUCCUCAUACUCAAGCCGGCGGGCCGCCAGGUAUGGCUCAAGCAACAAGUCCGUCCAUGAACCCGCAAGAUGGGCAACAGAGUGACCAUCGAAGUCCCGCGCAAAUCCCUCGAUUGCAGCCUCGAGUCCGUCCUAUCCUCCACCAUAUUCUCCUUACGCUCCUCAAAGUCACGACAUGGCGCAAUAUCAGAGUCACCCUCCGCAGAUGUACGCGCGACCAGACUGGCCACACCAGUAUGGCGCUCAUCAACCUGGAAUGCCAGGCCCUUAUAGUUCCCCGGCUUCGAUCCCAGGUUUUCUCUUUUGUGCCUAUCCCUGGCUCUCAACAACACAAGCGGCCUCGACGACGAUAUGAAGAGAUUGAGCGGAUGUACAAGUGCGGCUGGAAUGGUUGUGAAAAGGCCUAUGGCACACUAAAUCAUCUCAAUGCACAUGUCACAAUGCAGUCACACGGCGCUAAGAGAUCUCCAGAUGGUUUGUAUUCCCUUUUUAUUCUCCUAUCCUUGUGUCUUAUAGAGGCUACUCUAUAUUUUCCUUGCCAUCUCCCUGCCAUCUACCCCCUUGCAUCCCUUAGCCUGUGUAACAGAAGCUUGGGUCGCUGCUCGAAGCCUGCAUCUUGGUGGAAAUUCAAAGAGAUCCGCAAGGAAUGGAAAGCCCGCAAGAAAGAGGAAGAUAAUCAGCGCAAGGCCGCCGAGGAGAGAGAACGGGCUGCAGCCCAAGCCAACCAGGUUGAUAGCAAUGGCGCUCCGAGUGGUAGCGGCCAGCCCAGCCAGCCAACUACCUCCUACGCUGCCGGUGUUCGGCCUCAGCUGCCGCCAAUAGGCUAUCAGCCAGCAGAUGGUCAAGUGCCAGGUCAGUAUGGUGCUCCUCCUGGUGGUUUGGUCUAUCCGCCUGGCAAUGGCCAGAUGCCUGCUACCUACUCUCCAAGUUACCCCCAUUCUCCUUAUGGUCAGGGCAGCCAGGUCUACCCACAACCACCGCGUGAGUGA